AUGAAAUUUUAUUUGAAUAAUUUAAAAUUAGUUCGACAAUGUUUAAUAGAUUUUCAUCGUCAAUUAUCAAUUAGUCAAAUAUAUUUUCAACAGUCAGAAUCAACACGAAAUAUAUUUGAUCGACAAACAAAAUUAAAACAACGUGAACGAACUUGUCUCGAUCCAAAUUAUGAAACUUAUUCUUAUGUACAUGAACGUGUUGCACAAAGUCUUGUUGAUAGAAUAUUUGAUAUAAAACGAACAUUUCAAUCAGCACUUGAUCUUGGUUGUGGUCGAGGUUUAACUGCUAGUGAAUUAACUAAAGAUGUUGUUAAACGUAUAACUAUGAUUGAUAAUUCAUCACUUAUGCUUAGUCAAAUACGUCCACCUAUCGAAGAAAAUGGACAUGAUGGAAUAGAGAUUAUUAAAAAACAUAUGGAUGAAGAACAAUUAAGUGGUGAAGAAUCAUCAUAUGAUCUUGCAUAUAGUUGUUUAAGUCUUCAUUGGAUUAAUGAUCUUCCUGGUGUAUUACGUAAAGUUUUAUAUUUAUUAAAAAAUGACGCACCAUUUAUUGGUGCAAUGUUUGCUUCCGAUACGUUAUAUCAACUUCGUGUUUCACUUCAAUUAGCUGAAACUGAACGUGAAGGAGGUUUUUCACCUCAUGUUUCACCAUUUGUUGAACCACCAGAUAUUGGUGGUCUUUUACAACGUAUUGGUUUUAAUAUAGUUACAUUAGAUCUUGAUGAAAUUUAUAUUGAUUACCCUUCGAUGUUUGAAUUAAUGUUUGAUCUUAAAGGUAUGGGUGAAAAUAAUUGUAGUUGGAAUCGAAAUUUAACAUUAAAACGUGAAACACUUCUUGCAGCUCAAGCUAUUUAUCAAAAUAUGUACGGUAAUCAAAAUGGGUCAAUACCAGCUACCUAUCGUAUACUAUAUUUUAUUGGUUGGAAGCCAGACCCAAGUCAAAAAAGUCCAGCUAAACGUGGUUCGGCGAAUGUAUCUUUCAAGGAUAUAGACAAGAUUUUAACGACGAAAAAAUAA